AUGAAUAAAACAGAUUAUAUACCAGAGGGGAAUCGCCAACUUUCAAACUCUAAUUUUUAUAAACAAUUAACCACAGAUCCAACGCUUAAUACUAUUCGAAGGAUCAACACCAUCCUACAAGAGAUGUUCGACAACAAGCAUAUAGACAAUGACACCUUUGAUUAUCUCCGACCUCUUGAGAACGAAGCAAAGGCCGGACGAUUCUAUAUGUUGCCUAAAAUACAUAAAACGGGCAAUCCAGGUCGACCAAUUGUAUCAGCGAAUAGUCAUCCAACUGAAAAGAUAUCAGAAUUUGUAGACCAUCAUCUAAGACCUCAUGUGAAAGAACUACCAUCAUUCAUUCAAGACACAACUGAUUAUCUAAAGAAAAUGGAAAGCCUCAAUCCUUUACCAAGCAAUACUAUACUUGCAUCCAUGGACGUGUCUUCUUUAUAUACCAACAUUCCACAAGACGAAGGAAUAGCAGCGUGUCAAGAGGCAUGGAACACUCGUAGUGAAAAAAAUCCUCCUACCGAGUGCCUUGUUACACUUCUCAAACUAGUACUGGAGAAUAGCAACUUCUCUUUCAAUGAAAAACACUAUCUCCAGAUAGACGGUACUAGUAUGAGCACAAAAAUGGCACCGUCAUAUGCCAACAUAUUUAUGGGCCAACUUGAAAAACGCCUCUUGGCUAGUGCUCCAUAUCAGCCCUUAUCAUGGUUCCGAUUCAUUGACGAUAUUGAUUUCAAAUGGACAGAUUCACAAGAACAUCUUAAUGAAUUUCUAGAACACUGUAACUCUUUCCACCAUUCAAUAAAAUUUACAUCUGAAUUCUCUAUGGAGAAAAUUAACUUCCUCGAUACUACGAGUUACAUCAAGAACGGAACCAUUAUAACGGACCUUCAUACCAAACAAACGGACAAACAUCAAUUCCUUUCUCCAAAAAGUUGCCAUCCUAAACAUUGCUCCCGCGGUAUCCCAUUCAGCCAGGCAUUACGAAUCAAGAGAAUAUGCUCUAAUGAAAAUACGAAAGAUACUAGACUUGGACAACUUCGUAAACAUCUAGUUGUUCGAGGAUACAAUAACAACAUCAUUGAUAGCGCUUUCGAAAGAGCAAACAAAACUAGUCGCCAAGAACUUCUUGAGUACAAAGAUAAGAAUAAAGCAGCUAACAGAACACCCCUUGUACUCACUUACCAUCCUGAUUUUAAAAAUGUGUCAUCCAUUGUUCAGAAGCAUUGGAAAAUUAUAGAAAAUGAUUUAAAUCUAAAAAAAGUAUUUUCAUCACCACCAGUCAUGGCCUUCAGAAGACCUAAAAACAUCCGUGACAAAUUAGUGACUUCUGUAUUAGUAAAGCAGCCUACUCCAUCGCCCGGUUGCUACAAACAAUGUGGUCGAAGGAAUUGUUUGUGUUGUAAAGCUGCCAAUACAAGCAGUUCUUUCAUCAGCUCCGUUACUAAACAAAAUUAUACCAUCUACUCAAAUUCCAACUGCAAAACGGAGAACUCAAUUUAUAUAUUAACAUGUGACACUUGUGGCAUUCAGUAUGUGGGAGAAACAAUGGACAAAUUUAAUAUUCGGCUUAAUAACCAUCGUUCAUCGUACAAAACCAACAAAAACUGUCCUCUCACAAGACAUCUUCGUUCUACGAAACAUCCUUUUGAAAAUGUCACUUUCCAAAUUAUAGAAGUCAACACCGAGUGGGACACCACGGCGAGAAGGAGAAGAGAAAACUUUUGGAUCCACCAACUCCACACUUUAGAACCUGAUGGUCUUAACGAAAAAGACGAGAAAAGAUACAGGAAAGAAAAAGAAUAA